UUGUUAAUCUAAAGUUUAAGAAGAAACAUCUAGUUAAAAUGAGCUUAGCAAAUUCUUUAAAAGUUUUUAUAGUUUUAAUAAUAUUUAAAAUAAAUUACAUUUAUGCCAGUGGUCAGAUGUAUACAUCAGAUGCAAAUAAUCAGUAUUAUAUAGAAUUUGAGGAAAAGUUCAAUUGGAUGGAAAGUCAAGGUGUGUGUUUAAAAAUGAACAUGACUUUGGUGGAAAUUGAUAACAGUGACAAAUCUCUAGAACUUAGUGCAUUGAUUCAACAUGUUCGUAAAGAAAACAAAUUCAAAAAUGUUACACUUUGGAUUGGUGGUAUUAUGAGUCGUUUUCCGGAAAAACAUUUUGUUUGGCUGACAACGGGCAAGAAAUUUAACUAUACCAAUUGGUAUGGCGGCAAUCCCAACUUUGUUGGCAAAAAUGAGUUUUGUGCUCAAAUCGUGAUGAAAGAAAAUAUGAAAUGGAAUGAUAACAGAUGUCUGAAUAAGUUUGGCUUUGUGUGUGAACAGAAUAAAAUCCAGCAAUUAGAGGAAAAGCAAAAACAAUGGCAACAAGAAAUACAAACAAUUAAAGAAAGCUUGCAACACGAAACUCAAACUCACGAACAAAUGCAACAAAAUCUAGAGCAAGAAGUUGAACAAAAAGAAAAACAAUUACAAAUAGAAAUGGAAAAGCGUGAAAAACUUGAAGAACAAUUGCAAAUAGAAUCUAGAAAAAGUGCAGAUUUGCAGGAAGUCUUACAAAAGGAACUAGAUUUGCAACAACAAUUACAAGACAAGUUGCAGCAGCUAAGAGAAAAUAAGCUUAAAAGGCAAGAAAAAAUUGAACAAAAUAUUCAAAAAGAAUUACAAGCUCAAGAAAAUCUUCGACAAGAACUUGAAAUACAAAAGGAACUGAAUGAACAACUACGCGAACAGCUGCAGGAACUUAAGGAUAGUAUUUCGAAUAUGCCAAAAAUGUACGAAGAAAAUAUUAAAAAAGAAUUAAAAGAACAGGAACGUUUGAGAAAAGAAAUAAAAACUCCCCAGCAGUUGCAACAACUAUUUCAGGAACAAUUGAAACAGUUAAAUCUCUAUAAGGAUUUAGAAAAGAAGUGAUAUGGGAGAUUUCAAAAUUAGGUACUAUUUUUUUUAAUUUUUAAGUCGUAUAAACAAUGCCAAACGUAUUUUUAAGAAACAAGAUUUGUAAAUGAUUACAAAUUAAUAAAUAGUUAAUGUUGUUUAGGAUCGAAAA